AUUUCCCACCAUCUCUGGCGGCGCAAUCCGCUGACCUUCUGCAUAACUUGCACUGCCUUCGAUUACAACAGGCAGGACUUACUCAAGUCGUCACUUCAACAACUUUUUCUACAAAAGUAACCCAAACAAGCGAACAAUUCACAAGGCGUUUUUUUCGACCUGACGACUACCCUAGAGCUCCGAGUUUGUUGUCAAGGUGUUCAAUAUCAUACCACAACGCUUGAACUACCAACAAUAUCAACUACACGGCUUCCAAGAUGUCGACCUCUCGCGGACGGCAGUCUUCUGAGCGUGAGCCCACGACCCCCACGCGCAGUCUGAGACGCAGUUCGGGUCAGGAGCAGAUGGGUUCUCCUGCUCGUUCUCAUCGUGGCUCCGAUGCCGGAUCCCAGCAUGGAUCACAACCACGCCGUCCAACGACACAGCAAUUGGUUCCAGUGGCCAUGGCCAAGAACGUGGAUCUACCAUCUGCUGGAUGGUACGCCUUCCGAAACAUGGAAGUACCGAACGUCCUGCCCGCUCGCCCAGCUAAGCCAUCGGCUGCUGGUCAGGCCAUCAAAGUCGGACUGAACACCUUCAAUGUGGCUGGAAUUAAGCUCAAGCCGGUAUAUCAGUACGACGUGAUGAUUGGCAGCGGCACGGAGAAGCGCGGUCUUAUCAAAAAGGUCUGGGGAGUGAUCAGCAAGAAGCUCGGCGCUGCUUUCAUCUUCGAUGGCGUCAACCUUGCUUGGUCACAAACCAGGGUCGACCGUGAGGUUCGUAUGCUCGUUGAUAUGGAUAAGGAGCAAGGCCGUGAAACGCGUUCGGGCAAGAGUAACGAACAUCGGGUGGUUGUUCGUCUAACAGCGACAAUCGCUUUCGACAAGCUAGACGCAUACCUUCGGAACGGUGUCAGCUUUGACAAGGAUAUCCUUAUGGCUAUCAACUUCUUGGAUCACCUGCUUCGCGAGUGGCCAUCAAGUCAAUACACAGCAAUCAAGAGAAACUUCUUCCAGCACGGCGAGCGACGUUUCGAUCUGGGCGGCGGCAUCGAAGCCUUCAAGGGUGUGUAUCAGACGAUGCGUAUCGUUCACGCGGGACCAAAGCUUGCACGCCUCUCAGUCAUACUGGACGUUGCGAACGGUACCUUCUGGACACAGGGCCGUUUAUUGGACACUGCCGUGACCAUUUGCGGUGCUCGUGAUCCCGGCGAUCUUCAGAAUAAACUCCGUCAAAACCCACGGCAAGGUGAAAUCUUCCUCAAGAAGUUGCGAAAACUCCACGUUGUCGCUAAGCAUCGCGAUGGUGAGCCCAUUCCUAUUGUCGUUGAUCGUUUCGUGUUCCAGAGUGCAAAGGAGCGGAAAUUCGAAGGCGCAGAUGGAAAAACCAUCUCGAUCUACGAAUACUACGCGAAGAAGUACAACGUCUACCUGAAGUUUGACCUGCCUCUUGUCAAGGCCACUCGUGGCCAAAACACGCUCUUCCCAAUGGAGCUUCUCUACAUUGAGGAAAACUCUCGUUACAACUUCAAGUUGGACGAGCGACAAACGUCGAACAUGAUCCGCUUUGCCGUCGAGCCGCCACCGCAGCGCUGGCAGGCGAUCGAGCAUGGCUUGAAGAUGUUGAACUGGAACAACGAUCCUUACCUUAAGCAACACGGCCUGCAAAUUGACACCCGCAAGACAGUUGUUGACGGUCGUCUUCUGCCUGCUCCGACCGUCAAGUAUGGCACGGGUGAAGCUAAGCCUGGCACUUCUGGUCGAUGGGACUUAAAGGGCAAAAAGUUCCUCACGCCUAAUCCGGUUCCAUUGAAGUCCUGGGGUGUCUGCGUCGUCUCUGGUCGUCGGGGCGGAAAGCCUGAUCGUUCGGUCAUAGAAAACUUCAUGAAGGCAUUCAUCCAGACAUACCAGAGUCAUGGCGGCCGAGUCGAAAACAAGACCCCAAUUCUUAUCGGCGGCGAAGGCGAAGACGCCGGAUCCUGGGUAACAGAAACGUGGAACCGUGCAGGUCAGCAGUCAAACAUGCGUCCACAAAUCCUCGUGUUCAUCCUCCCGGACAAGAACUCUACCGUAUACAAUCGCAUCAAGCGCUCUGCAGAAUGCCGAUAUGGCGUUGUUUCGCAGUGCAUGCAAUUUGCGCAUGUUCAAAAGUGCCAGGGCCAGUACAUGUCUAACGUCUGCAUGAAGUUCAAUUGCAAGCUUGGCGGCAGCACAUCUCGAGCGACCGGACAGAAAUCAUCAGGUCCUACUGGCUUGUUCACGGCAGGUCCUCCUAUGAUCAUUGGAGCAGAUGUCUCACAUGCUGCGCCCGGUACGCAAAACUUGUCAAUGGCGGCCAUGACGAUGUCACUCGACAAACUGGCAACUCGCUUCGCUGCAACAGUCCAGACGAAUGGCUACCGUACAGAGAUGAUUUUGACGGAGACCAUACAAAAGGACUUCGGCCAAUUGGCUCAACAGUGGAUGAAGAAUGUGAACAACGGCAAGAUUCCAUCUCGUGUCUACUACUUCCGCGACGGCGUUUCCGAAGGACAAUAUUCACAGGUCCUUGAACAAGAAGUCAGUGAUCUUAAGGCUCUUUUCAAGACCUUCGGUGGCAAGGACGCCGGCGCAUGCAAAUUCCUAGUCGUUGUUGGCUCGAAGCGCCAUCAUGUGCGAUUCUUCCCAGAGCGUGGCGAUCGCAAUGGCAAUCCGCUACCAGGAACCUUGGUCGAAACUGGAGUUACUCAUCCUUUCGAGAACGACUUCUACCUUUGUGGUCAUGUCGCCCUCAAGGGCACCGCUCGCCCUAUGCACUACCACGUCCUACUGAACGAGCCUGAACUUAGCAAUGAGGAGAUACAAACCAUGAUUUACGAACAUGGCUACCAAUAUGCGCGGGCCACCACACCGGUUUCGAUGUUCCCGGCCAUCUACUACGCUCACAUCGCGUCUCUCCGCGGAACAUGUCACGAUCUGAAGUGGAAUGACAGCUCCAGCGGAAACGAGAAGCCUUCGAGCGACUCGACGCCGGCGCCAGGGGACUUCUCAAAGUGUAUGGAUAUGCCGAACCAGGGCGAAAUCAGGACGUCGAUGUGGUUCAUUUGAGCAGAGAAGGGCAGCGAAGCAUCCAAGUGCGCGGCUGUGACUACGUUUGAGGUGGAGGAUCUGUGUGGAGGUGCGAUCGGCGGAGGGAGACGAUUCCAGAUCUGCUUUGG